CUUACCCAAACGGACAGACCCAUGGCCAUAUCCUGAACUCAUCAGAGAUGAACUCACUGGCACCAUAUUCAGUUGGGACCUGCCUCACCUCGUUGCAGCCCCAAAAACGCAACCAUUAUUCCAACUCACUAACAACAACAUGUUCUAUCCAAGUCCCUCAACCACCACCAGUCCUCGUACAAAAGGAGAAUCAAUUGAAGAGAAGAGAUGCAAUAGGCCUCUCCUUGAGUUUUGGCCUUCUUCAUUCUUUAUUACAACCCAUAAUACCAAUUGCAACAGCAGCUUCUGAAGUAGCUCCAUGUGAAUUAACAGUAGCUCCUUCAGGCCUUUCCUUUUGUGAUAAAGUUGUUGGCACUGGUACUCAGGCCGUUAAGGGACAGCUUAUUAAGGCACAUUAUGUAGGGAGAUUGGAGAAUGGAAAAGUUUUCGACAGCAGUUACAAUCGCGGCAAGCCACUUACAUUUCGCGUCGGGGUUGGAGAGGUUAUCAAAGGAUGGGAUGUAGGCAUUUUAGGAGAUGAUGGAAUUCCUCCAAUGUUUGCAGGAGGUAAACGUACAUUGAAGCUUCCUCCACAACUUGGAUAUGGUUCAAGAGGGGCUGGUUGUAAAGGAGGUUCAUGUGUCAUUCCUCCUGAUUCUGUACUCAUAUUUGAUGUGGAGUUUGUUAGCAAAGCAUGAGCUAUAAUUCCAUGACAGUCAAAAUACAAUCCUAAUCCUUGGAGAUUGAAACUGAGAUUAAUAUGUAGAGAAAAAGGGAGGCGGGGGUUCAAAAUGUUUUAAUUGCAUUCAGUUUUCUGUAUCUCUCUCCAUCUUGCAAUUUUUAUUUAUUUUUUAAACAAAAUAAUUUAAGGACCAUGAUGUAUUCAAUAGCAAACUUAAUGGUUCAUACAUAGAUGACUAUAGUGAAUCCUUGUA